AUGAAGAAGAAUUUAUAUUAAAGUAUUCCUUAGGAUUUAAAAUGGUAGGAGGAUAAGAUAAUUCUAUAAUCCUAAUUUAAAAAAGAGAACGAUAAAACUUGCCAUCUCUUAGGGUUUGAUAAUUAUAUUAUAAUAAAAAAAGUAAUAUGGGUUUUUAAAAGUAUAGGAUUAUAAAUAAGAGGCAAAGAAAUACAUACGACUAGAUUUUGAGAUUAAGUUUGAGAUUUUGAGAGAGAAUGUAGUAAAAAAAAAUGAAGAAGAUGAUUCUUUGGGUUAAAUAAAAGGAAUCAGCAUAAUAAAAGAUUUAGGUAAUGAAACUAUAUCAUAAUCGAAAUAUUUUGGAGGAGAAAAAGUUAUUAAAUAAUGGAGAGAUUAUUUAAAAAACAGAAUAAAUUAAUGGCAAUUUCACCAAAUGUUUAGAGUUUUUAAAAAAAUUGGAAAGGGAAAUUUUGCUUCAGUACUUUUUACUUAAUAAUAUCUUUUAGGUUUAUUUGGCAUAGAAAAUAGAGGAUGGGAAAAAAAUGGCCAUUAAAGCAUUUUCUAAGUAAGCUGCAUUUGAAGAAGAAAAUGGUAAAUAAGCCAUAGUAAAUGAAUUAAAGAUAAUGAGAUAACUAAAUAAUUCACAUAUAAUGUAAAUGUAUGAAGUUUAUGAAACCUAAAAUUCUCUUUAUGUAGCAUUAGAAUUAUUGGAAGGAGGGUCUUUAUAUGAUUUGAUAAAAGAGAAGACUUUACUCUCAACAGUUUAAAUUCAAUAAAUAAUGGUAGGAAUUUUAUAAGGAUUAAAUCAUAUGCAUUAAAUGAAAAUCAUGCAUCGUGAUCUAAAAUUAGAAAACAUUCUAUUUAAAUAUUAAAAGUAUAAUUUAUGUGUAUAUAAGAUAAAUGGAUUCAGUUGUUAUAGCUGAUUUUGGGUUGGCUACAAAUGUUAAUGAACCAGUUUAUUUAUAUUAUAGAUGUGGAACUCCUGGUUAUGUUGCUCCUGAAGUUAUAAAUAUGAAGAAUAUGAAAGGACAUUACAGUGAAGUAUGUGAUAUUUUCAGUCUUGGACUUGUUUUUUAUUUAUUAUUAUCUGGGAAACAAGCAUUUCCUGGUAAAAGUUAUACAACUGUGGUUAAACAAAAUAGAGAAGCUAAAAUUGACUUUAACAUAAAAUAAUUACAAUAAGUACCAAAUUAAGCAAUGGAUUUAUUAUAAAAAAUGCUUGAAAAAGAUCCAAGUAAAAGAAUCUCUGCUGCUGAUUGUUUAAAACAUCCUUUUCUGGUCGAAAUCAAUAACUAAAUGAAUGAUGAUUCAUCAAAUGAUUCAAUUGAUGAAGGAGAUGAAUUUGGAGAAGUUGCUUCUAGAAUGUGUGCUUUAAAUGAAGAGUAUAAUAACUUUAUAAUAUCUAAUUUAGAACUACUAAAUUUGAUGUUUUUAGAAGAAAUGCCAUUAUUAAUUCUCCAGGUUCUCCAGGAAUUAUUGAUACUAAAUAAUUAAAAUAAUAAAAAGCUAUUGAUUCCUUGAAUCAACUCUAAAUGAAUUCUCCAUUGUUAAAUGGAAAAAUUGAAACCAUUGAUAGUAUACCUAAUAUUGCAACUCCAAAAAAUAAAUAAGGCUAAAGUAAUUUUUAAUAAUCCCCUAAUAUUAAGCCUUCGUAAUUCAAAUAGUAAUUAUUCAUUAAUUAAUUUUUAGAAAUCUACCUUAACAAUAAAUUUAUGAUAAAAUAUUCUAAGAAUAUUCAUAAAAGAUAGAUUGA